UCUGGCGGCUAACUCGUUGUGUGUCUCGUUAUGAAAAGAACUGCUGAGCUUGGUUAUCGUUGGGAUGUGCUGUCGCUGGCCACGCCCGGAUACUCGUGUCGAGAGUGCCGUGGAUCUUGUGACCGAUGUGUUUGCUACUCUUUCUAACAGUAGCAAACAAUGGGCAAGGCUGUGUCAGUCGACAACUAUCUCCGUGCAUGCAAGUACCAGAUGCCGAGUUGCCGUGUCUCUAUUGCUCCCCGAUCGCUAAACGAGGAUCCAUUCUUUUUCCGGGUUGCUGGCAACGGUCGCCAAGUGCAAAAGUACCAACAAGUGAGUUGUGACAAGGGUUUGGAAUGGAGUGUUGGAACCAGC